CCCGGCCCCGGGCCGCCCCCGGCCCCGCCCCGGGCCGGGCUCCGCGCUCGCCGCUCCGGGGAGCAGCGCCGAGCUGAGCCGGGUCUGCCCAGCGGCGGGGCACCGAGAGCGGCAGCGCCGAGCCGGGACGCGGACCAGCAGGUGAAGGAGCCCCUCAGACCGUCACCAUGACAGAGUGCUUCGACUGUGACAACUGCAAGGAGUCCCUGUACGGGCGCAAGUACAUCCAGAUGGACAACGGCCCCUACUGCAUCCCCUGCUACGACGCGCACUUCGCCAACACCUGCGACGAGUGCAAGGAGCUCAUCGGCCACGACUGCAGGGAGCUGUACUACGAGGACCGCCACUACCACGAGCACUGCUUCCGCUGCUUCCGCUGCGACCGCUCCCUGGCCGACGAGCCCUUCACCUGCCAGGGCAAGGAGCUGCUGUGCAACGACUGCUACUGCAGCGAGUUCUCCUCCAAAUGCAUCGCCUGCGAGAAGACCGUCAUGCCAGGCUCCCGUAAGCUGGAGUACAACGGGCAGACCUGGCACGAACACUGCUUCAUCUGCAGCAGCUGCCAGCAGCCCAUCGGCUCCCGGUCCUUCAUCCCAGACAAGCAGGAUUAUUACUGUGUCCCCUGCUACGAGAGCAAGUUCGCUCCUCGCUGCACUCGCUGCAAAAAGACCCUCACCAAGGGAGGAGUGACCUACCGGGAUGAGCCCUGGCACAAGGAGUGCUUUGUGUGCACGGGCUGCAAGACCCCCUUGGCCGGGCAGCAGUUCACCUCCCAGGAUGACAACCCGUACUGCAUCAAGUGCUUUGGGAACCUCUAUGCCAAGAAGUGCAGUGCCUGCACAAAGCCCAUCACAGGUUUUGGAGGUGGCAAAUACGUCUCCUUCGAGGACCGCCACUGGCACCACAACUGCUUCAACUGCGCGCGCUGCGGCGCCUCGCUGGUGGGGAAGGGCUUCAUCCCCGACAAGGACGAGAUCCUGUGCCGUGACUGCAGCAGCGACCUAUGAGCCCCCGAGGGCAGGGCCUCCCCCUCGUCCUCAGGGCCUUUGUGCCACGCUCCCCGCAGCGUUUUGGGGCAGAGCACAAGGCACAGGAGGUGGGGGCUGACCCCGUGUGUUCAGGGGGGUCCCGCGCCCCCUCCCUGAAGGCUAGAGUACGCUGUGCUAUGGCUCUGUGCAGUCAAAGCUAAAUAAAGCUGAAAAAGGAGCUUUGAUACCCCCCCUCCAUUAUUUACUCUUUCUUUUCGCUUCCAGUCUAACCAGGCACGAGCCCAGGCCCCCAGCUGAGCAAAGGGCAGGAGUGGCUUCAGGACUGGGCUGCAGGACCUGCACGCUGGCAAGCAUGUACUCACCCCUUGGCACAGCUCGGGCUUCUCUUCUUUCUCCACUGCUUCCCUCGCUCUAGGUGACACAAGGCAGUGUCUAGGUGACACAAGGCAGUGUCUGGGGGCCGUGCAGCUUGGCCAUGCUGGCCUGUGUCACAGCUGGCUUUGCACAGCCUUCCCAUGUGCACAGCUGGCCCGGGAAUGAAGGGCACUGUCUUCUGUUCUGGAGGUUUGGGGACACCAGGCUGGAGUGGGGCCAGGAGAAGAGCAUACAUCCUGUCAGAUGGGAUCCACCUCUGCAAUCCUGUAGCACCUCACUCUCUGCAGCCCCAGCCCCUUUGCUCAGCACCUCCAUGGAGGAGCUCUCUGAGCUGUGAAUGAGGAGUUCAGGUCACUCGUAGGUACGGGGCAUUCUGCCCACCCAGUGCUGUGACCUCCCAUGGCUGGGCUGGCUGAGCUGGAGCCUGCUGAUGCUGAGAUCCAUCUGGCUGAGCCCUAGAGAAGGGCAUGCUGAAGGCUGAGAGCACUCAGGGCUUUAUUCCUUCUCCAUCCCUCUCAUGAGGAUCCAUGGCCCAGGCACUGCUAUGCAGAGCCCAGCUGCCAGCAGCACUGGCAACACCAGAGACCUCUGUUAAUUCAGGGAAGGGAGCAUUGCCCACACACUGUGCCUGUGAUCAGUAACUGCUGGGAGGGUCUGCAGGACCACAGGCUCCAGCACAGAGAGCAGCUGAGGGGGCAGCAGGAUGUCCACAACCUGCUACUCCAGGGCUGCCUGUGUCCCCAGUGGUAGGCAGGGGGUGGUGGCUCCUUCCAGCCACGCUCAUCCUUCCCUGUGUCCCAAACAAGAAGCAAAGCAAAGGUGGCACCUGUGGGGGGAGGACUUUGCAUUGCCCAGGUCCCAGUUGGCCCUAACUGCAGAAUAGGGUGUCUGGAGCCAUCCCAGACUCACGUGAGGCCUUGAGCAAUCCCUGCCCAAUGGCUGAGCUGGCCCUGGGCUAAGGCCCCUCUCAGUGCCUGCCUUGUCUCUGCCCCCUUCUGCUUCUGUCUCGCUGGGCCACUUGUGCCAACCCUGCUUUCCUGCUUAGUCAGCCACAUGCUUUUCUGAGAACCUGUUCUUGUAGGGUUUUUUCCCUUUUGUACUCAUUUGUCAUGAAUAUCCAUCAUUUUGUACACAACUACAGGAUGAAGGGGCUAGCCCCCCACCCGGGCUUCACUUAGGAACAGAAAAUGUUAUGCAUGUUGAAGUGUUAUUGCUCUGUGUUCAGAUCCUUGUUGAAUCCUUGUUUGGAAGCUUUGAUGACAGCGAAUCAGAGUUUGUGUGUUUGCUAUUAUGAGAGGAGCUUGGAGCCAUCUCCAGAAGGAAUUGUCCUAAACCUCAGCGUCCUCUGUAUUUCCUACAGCUUUAUACAAUAAACCAUUUUCGUGACGCUU